GUGGUGGGUCGGACCUAGUUUGAAAUACGAAAUACGAAUUUGCAUUGAGUUGCCUUGUAGAGUCCUGGAGAGGUCAUCGCUUCGAUAGAAAAUUUUAAGUGUGUAAUACCAACAAUUGAUUGUCUAAUGGCGUUAUCGCAGUGCUUAGAGGAUUCCCCCGGCUGGAGAUCACUUCCAAAAGGAGAGCGAGAUGUAAAUUUAGAAGAACUUUACAAUGAGAGGCAUCGACUUGCAUUAGAGGAACUGCUCUCGAGUGGAGUUAACUCUUACUUGGGAUUUCUAAAGAAGGAGAAAAUCCCGAACUUUCUGUCCGCCGAAGAAAUCAAACGUAUAUCACGUUCAGCUGUAGUUCCCAAAGCCUUUUCGCUGGCAGGAGACGAUGCACCUUUUGAGCAAUCCGUCAGUACUUCCAUGGACUGUUCAUCUGUUACCUAUUUUCCAGAUGUGUCCGACGUGGAACCGCCUGUUCUGGAGCUUGGUUGGCCUGCUUUCACGACAGGGUCAUUUCGUGGAGUUACCCGGGCAGUGGCCCACUUUCAGCCAAGCUACGGGGAGUGUAUCUAUAGCUGCAAGGAAGCAGCGAGAAAAAUGAUAAAAGGAGCAAAAGAGUUGAUCGCCAUAGUAACAGACUCCUUGACAGACCUGGACAUCUUCCGGGACCUGCAGGAGGCUUGUACCCGACGCAGGAUUCCCGUGUACAUCCUGCUGGACCAGGAGGCCAUGCCCUCUUUCCUGCAGAUGUGCAGCAACAUCAAUGUCCGCCUUGAGGAACUACAGCUGAUGCGUGUCCGCACCAUUACUGGAUGCACAUAUUACAUGAGGUCGGGAGCAAGAAUCACAGGGAAAGUUCACGAACGCUUCAUGCUAAUCGAUGGGCACAAAGUAGCUACAGGCUCUUAUCGGUUCAGCUGGACAGAUGGGAAGCUCAACAGCAGCAAUCUGAUUGAACUGACUGGGCAAAUUACAGAGAAAUUUGAUGAGGAGUUUCGCAUCCUGUACGCCCAGUCUCUGCCUCUGAGUGCCAAGGAAUGCUCUCGGAGUGCGCGCAGCAGUGGGAUAUACGACCACCUGCUCCUCAAGCUCCCCUCCACCCCCUCGUCCCAGGCCCUAAAGGCAUCCAUACCCGACCAGGUGUGCAUGACCAGCACGCCAAACCGGCCCCGGAUGAUGGAGGUCCCCCGGUCCGGCCCGAGGGCAGGAGAGAAGAGCCACAGGAGCAGCCACACCUCAAAUGCCUCCACCGUCGGGGGGGACUGGAUGGAGCAGGAUGUGUUGCUGGAGGGGCCGCUGUAUGGUGCUCCAGAUCCAGCUCCAGCUCAGGCUCCAGCUCCAGCUCCAGCUCAGGCUCCACCAGCUCCAGCUCCAGCUCCGCUGGCAGCUGGCUGCUCUGCUCCAGCAGCUGUAGCUAUCCCCACCUCCUCCUGCCACAUCUCCACACAGACGAGCAACCAGAAUGUGGACAUGGGCGUGCAGACGGAUCAAAACACCAGGCGUCAGUCGUCUGGUUUCCCCCCUCUGGCCUCCACCUCCUCUGUCAAGACCAACUGUGAGACCUCCUCCUCCUCCUCCAAUUCCGGCUCCACCCCGCCGGACGUCAAAGUUGGCCCUCGUCCGCCAAUCAGACGUGGCCCCACCCCCCCGAAUACCAACCUGAAGGAGAGCUUCUGGAAGCUUUCCAAAGAGCGGCAGGGCCACUACACGUCCAUCCGCUCCAAACUGGACAACAUGGUGGCCGUGCUCUCUCACCGGCGGGAGCUGGUGGACCUCACCAACCUGGCCCUGAGUCCGGCCCUGCGGAGACGCAACGCUCAUCAGCAGUCCAGGCGGGCAGCAGGGGUCAUGAUGGAGACCACCUUCACGGGGACCUGGCCUCGGUCAAGGGGUUUGCAGUGAAGAGACAGGACAGGGGACAUCAGAGGACAUGAAGAGUACUGGGUUGCAAUCAAACUGAUGAAUGUUAGUGAAUGAAGAUACAUUCAACAAUACUACUGUGCAUUUUUUACAGUUUACUAUGGUUGUCAAAUGUGUAAUAGCCAAGUCUUAGGAGGUAACUUUCUGACAGGGUGUAUUGUGCAGGGACCAAAAACAUAGUUUUCUGACUUUAUAGAUCAUGCUGAAAAAGAGAGCUGCUCUCUGUUAUUUUCUUCAGCUGCAUCUUGUAUUGAGGGCUAUAUUGUGGGUAAAAGGGAACUGUUCUUGUUUUUUAGUCAUCCUAGAAAUACAGCUUCUACUAAAUGUAUUUAAAGGUUACAUUUAUGUCAUGUACUUAUGAGAACAAAAGUAAAUUGUGUACAGAGAAUGACCAUUUUGGUAAAAGAAUAAGUUAGAUAUAAGUUAGAUAUGUCUACAUCUACAUAUAUUACAUGAUUAAAAGAAUUUUGUUUUUGUUUUGAAAUAAUAUAUUUGAGUAUUUACCUUAGCUCUCUAGUAAUGUGUUAAUCAAAAUUGUAUAUCUAAAUGUGUACAUUUGAAGUAUGCAUGGUCUUCUAACACAGAACAUUCAGAAACACUAUUACAACAACUGCUGUAUACUGUAUGUGCAAUUUAAGGCCAAGACACUACUGUAAAGUGCAACACUUCUACCUUCUACAAGGUACUUAGCAUGGCACAGAAACUGUAGAUUCUGUCGCUAAGGUGUGGUAUCCUCUCUGUGUGUUAAACACAUGAUCAAUUACUUGUUUUCCAAUAAAUUCACCAAGGUGUUUUAAA